AUGGAACCCAGAUUGGAUUUUCUCCUGCUUCCCCUUCUGCUGUUUUCUCUUCCCUUCACAGCAGAAUCGGCCUGCCAGCAGGGUUGCCCUCUGGCACUGGGCUCCUACUACAUGUGGCAGGGUUCCAACCUCACUUACAUCUCCCAGAUCAUGUCCUCUUCCCUUCUCACCUCUCCCGACGACAUUGUCCUCUACAACAAGGACACCGUGCCCAACAAGGACAGCGUCCAGGCCUUCAUAAGGGUCAACGUCCCCUUCCCCUGCGAUUGUAUUGACGGCCAGUUUCUCGCCCACACCUUCAAAUACGACGUUCAGUCACGGGACACUUACGAGACUGUUGCAAGGACCUGGUACUCCAACCUGACCGACGUUGCCUGGCUCAGGAGGUUCAACAGCUACGAACCCGAUAACAUUCCCGACACGGGGACGCUCAACGUUACGGUGAAUUGCUCUUGUGGGAACAGUGAUGUUGCCGACUAUGGGUUGUUCAUAACGUACCCUCUUAGGACCGGGGAGACUCUCGGGACGGUGGCUGCUAAUAUGAGCCUGGACUCGGGGUUGCUGCAGAGGUACAAUCCUGACGUGAAUUUCAACCAGGGGAGUGGACUCUUUUUACUCAAAUAUAAGCAAAAUUACCAACAUCUGGUUCGUACCACUCGUACUGGACUGGUUAAACUAGAGCUCUCUGGUUUCGAUAUUGUAAAUGGAAGGCCAACCAAGUUUCCCACAGAUUUUGGAGGGUUUGGAAUAUUGAGCUUUUGUGUGUUUGUGCUUAAUUUGGAUACCUUAGCAAAGGUUGAGUUUGCUCUGAUGGUGGGGGCUUAUCAAAAUGGUAGCUAUGUGUUUUUGCCAUCCAGUUCAGGAGGUCUUGCAGGUGGGGCUAUUGCAGGAAUAGCUAUUGGAAUUGUGGCAGUUAUUCUGUUAUUAGGUGUUUUUAUAUAUGUUAGAUAUUUCCGGAAGAAGAAGAUACAGAAGGAGGAACUUAUUCCACGAGAUUCUAGUGCACUCUUUGCUCAAGAUGGGAAGGGUAUUGAUCUUUGUACUUAUACUCCUUGCAACACCUCCCUCAACCCAAAUGAAACUUCUCAGAGCAGUGUGAAUGAACCUUCAGGGCCUGGUGGUCCUGCUGCCAUCACAGGCAUAACAGUGGACAACUUGGCGUUCACAUAUGAGGAACUGGCAACUGCCACAGAUAACUUCAGUUUGGCUAAUAAAAUUGGUCAAGGUGGUUUUGGGUCUGUCUAUUAUGCGGAGCUGAGGGGGGAGCAUGAUGCAUUUCAGUCGCUGACCAAAGCUAAAGCUGCAAUCAAGAAGAUGGACAUGCAAGCAUCAAAAGAAUUUCUUGCUGAAUUGAAUGUCUUGACACGUGUUCAUCAUUUAAACUUGUAUCAUGAAUGUCACUGCCUCUGGGAAGUCUGGCCCAUGCCACCAAUUCGCACCUGUGCCAUCGGUUUCCGUCUACGCUGUUUGAUUGUGCCAUACUUGAGUAGUUCCCAAUCGCAUAGUCUGGGCUUGUGGAGUUCUCGCUUGUGUAGUCGCAUUGGGGAUUGUUCUUGCAUUGACCAUGCUUCCCCAGUGUCGGCACUAACUCUGUUGUGA